AUUGUAAGGAAGGUGCGGGAAGGGGGCGUUUUGGCCGGCCAGAGGCGGAUCCCGCUCCACCAAGCGAAUCCGGUGCGGGCUUUGCGGCCGCCCGGGCGCGGGGCAGCCCUGCGGGCAGCGGCAAAGCCCGGAGCCGGAUCGGGGCGGGGGUCGCGCCCGGAGCGGAUCCGCGGCGCUCCGGGUGCCCCGGGCUCUGAAACACUGAGGAAAAAAAAAAAAAAAAUUAAAAAAAAAAAAAAUCCAAGAUCCCCCCGCAACCCAGAAGUAAAACACGUGAAUAAAGACUCAUUGGGACGGGCCGCAGACCCCUUUCCCCAGGCGGCAGGUCGGGGGCCGGGCCGGGCCGGGCCGCGCUGGCCGCCCGCCCGCGCGGGGCCCUGAUAAAGCUAUUUUGGAAGUGACCCCUCGGGCGGCCGGAGCGCGGGGCGGGCGCAGCGAGCCGGCGCAGCUGUCCGGAAUCAUGACUGAAGAUGACGGAUUCCGUGGUGGUGGAGGGUCACGUCAAGUUGAGAGACGGAAAAAAGGUGCCCGCUCCCGGCGCCCCUUCGGCCCGCGGGGGUCCCCUUGUCCCGAGGGGAGAGAGCCCGCUCUCCCCCGCGCGGCCCCGGCUAACCCUGUCCCUUUGCCUCUCGUUGCAGUGGAAGAGCAGGUGGCUGGUGCUGCGCAAGCCCUCCCCGGUGGCAGACUGUUUGCUCAUGCUGGUGUACAAGGAUAAAUCUGAACGAGCAAAAGGGCAUAAGGAGAGGAGCAGCAUGACCUUAGAAGACAUCUGUGGCUUGGAUCCUGGGCUCCCCUAUGAGGGCCUGAAUCACACGCUCGCAAUCAUCUGUCUGUCCCAAGUUGUGAUGCUGGGAUUUGAGAACAAGGAAACCAUGUACGCGUGGGAUGUGCGAAUACGCUACAGUUUGGGGGAAGUUCAUAGAUUUCAAGUCUUUGUAGCCCCUGGCACAAAACUAGAGAGUGGGCCUGCUACCCUGCAUUUCUGCAAUGACAUCCUUGUCCUGGUGAAAGACGUUCCUCCCAGUGUCAUGGGGCAGUGGAAGCUCUCGGAUCUGCGUCGCUACGGGGCUGUCCCGAACGGAUUCAUCUUUGAAGGGGGCACCAGGUGCGGCUUCUGGGCUGGUGUUUUUUUCCUCUCUUGUGCUGAAGGGGAGCAGAUCAGCUUUCUGUUUGACUGCAUCGUCCGCGGCAUCUCCCCGACCAAGGGCCCCUUUGGUCUGCGUCCAGUGCUCCCAGAUCCAAGUACAAACCCAGCCUAUUCAGAAGAAAGAUUGGCUCAUGAAGCUUUGCAAUUAGAAAAGCGCUUGAGCUUGCUGUCCCAUACAAGUCGCCAAGGUAGUGGAGGAGAUGAUAGGAGUAUUUCAAGCUCGUCUUCGGAUACCAGCCACUCGGAUGUCAGCGUUGGGAGCAGGCUGACAGUGUGGCCUGAGCAAUCUUCAGCCAGCACCUCUCAGGAGAGCCAUGGGCUGGCAGCUGCGAAGGGCAUUCACCUGGGAGAAGAGAAGAACCUUCCAGAAGGGGCACGUGGCACCACUAAACCCCCUCCAAAGCCCCUCCGAUCCAGACAGCUGCAGGAAAUAGGUCGUCAGAGCUCUUCUGACAGUGGAAUAGCUACUGGCAGUCACUCCUCCUACUCUGGGAGCUUCUCUUCCUAUGCUGGGAGCUUAGACAUUUGCCAUGGUGAUGAGUUUGGAUCAUUGCUAAGCUUGCCAUUGAACUUUCCUUCAGAUCAGAGUCUAUGUACUUGCCCUCACAGUGAGUCCCAGAGAGGUGUGGGAUCAGAGUAUCAGGUUCCCAGCUCUCUCAGACACGUUUAUGAUAUACCCAGGAGUGUGUUACAGGCAGCUCCUAAAGAAGUGCAGCUGAAGAGUGCAGAUUCCACGCUACCCAAGGACCAGGCCCUGCCAGCUCAAGGUGCCAGUGACCCAAGACUGCUACUACCACACUUGGAAGCACGGAGGGGACCUGAGCACAGCCAGCACAGAGGGAGGCCUUCAUCCUUACUCACAGAAAGCAGCAAGGACUCAAGUGAUGAAACAUAUGUGGAUUUUGUUUCAAGGUGGUCAGACACAAAACCACAGGGACAGGUGUCAGACUCCAAAAGUAGUGAGCUGUCACCACCUGGUGGGGCCUCAGCUGACCCCUGUGACACAUGUAGCCCCCACCUUGGGAUGACAAGAGCUCUUUUUUCAUCUUGUCCAAUCUGUGGUGGACUAAAGGGAACAGCAGUAUUACAGUCUGGAGUCUUACCAGCUAUAUCAGGUGGUGCUUCUGUCAUGGCAGCUUCUGGGUCUUUGAAAGUGCAUAGAGGGCACAGUCUCCAAGCUGGUCCUAAAGGUGGGUAUGAGAUGCUACCACUUCCUUCAGAACCUGGAACUCCAACUAGUUCUGAGGAACCUGAAGGGGCUGUAGGUUAUUCAACUGAUGUCCCUACACCAGAUCGACCCCAGAGUGAGACAGCCACCUAUGUUAAUAUUCCUGUCAGCCCUACUUCCAAAAAACAGCUUCACUACAUGGAACUGGAGCUUCAAGAAUCUAGCACAAGCAUAAGAGGGAGUGGAUCUUCGCGGUAUGCCCAGAUUGACAUUGCGGCCACCGAGACGGCGCACAAGGUGGGGACGCAGCACGCACAGUGCCGCCAGGAGCGCCUGCAGGAGCUGGAGCAGAAGAAGAAGGGAGCUCAGCAGUGACCUGCCUAGGAGAGAACUUUGUGCUCACCACAAAUCCAUGCUAAUUCAUCUUCCAAAAGAUUCACGUUUAUUGUAACAAAGCGCUCACUCAAAUCGCUGCCGUUGCUUCUUGCAGUCGUGCCAGAUUCAUUCCGAUGUCUUGAUUCCUAAUUGGAAAGCUGGUAGCACGAGGGGUGUGUUUGGUCUUUCCUUUUAUUUUAAUUUGGUUGUAAAGUCCAGAUUUUUUUGUCAUAUGCAAUGACAGAUGUAAGUUACCUUUUUCUAUAACUCUAAAAUCAUGGAGAACCUGGAACCAAUUUCAGUGUUUAUUAAAUGGUGGCAUUUUCUUUGAAAAUAAAGAACUUGAAUGUGUGUACAUAAGGGAUUGUGAGUGUGUGUGGUAAGUGUACACAUAUGUUUGCAUAUGUCUGUAUGUAAGCACACAUAACGGAUAAAAUAUAUGUAUAUAUCUGAGUGUAUAAAUUUGUAAAACCUCUAUUAAUAUAUUAAUGGACUCUUACAGAAGCAAGAAAAUUCAGUGCCUGCUCUUUUUGCAGGUACAGUUUUGUUCAAUUUAUGUGCUUAUUUAUGGACAUGCUCAACUAUACCUAUGGAUAAUUCAGUUUUAUACUUCACCAAGUCCUGCAGCUUUGGCUAAAAUUGCUCAGAUGUAAAAGCUGGAGUGUCAAGGAUAUAUCUGGAAACAGACAAGAGCACACAAGUUAUUUAAUUAUGUCUAUAAACCACAGUAAUGUGAAGGAGCAUUUGGGUGUUUCUGUUCUUGAAAAGCCUAGGUCAAGCCAUGUUUGAUUUUGUCGUUGCUGGGUACCUGUAAUUCUGAGCAAUUUUCCUGGAGCUGAACAUAUGUAUCACUUUGAAAAUCAGGUCUCAGUUUUCUCCCACAGCAUAUUUUAAAACCAAGGUAUUCAAAAGAAAGAUUUGCUUUUCAAAAUUGAGUCUUUAAUGUCACAAAAAGUAUUCCUAAUGUAAAACCAGCACCCACCUUAAAUUUAAAACUUUACUGAAUUAUUCUCUGCUGUCCCUGAGUAGCAUAAAACCAGCUCUGUGUAAGAGGAUGAUAUCUGUAGGGAUGCUACAGCCUUGAGGCACAAGAGGAUGUUAUCUUGUAAAAUAGGUUUACCCAUGAAUCAGCCAUAUCUUGCUUUUGUACAGUGAGAUUUUAUGAUUCAAAACUUAAUUUCCCAUGUUGUCUAUGUAAAUAUUUUUAUUUGUCCUUAUAUAAAAUGUUAUUUAAAUAAAAUGUUAUAUAAAAUGUAUGGCAGUGAUGCUAGACUAACAAAGAAAUGUACUUAAGAAGGAAAGAAAUUUGUUUCUGAUAGCAUUUCAGCUUUGGCUUCCAGAAGUUGCCAGAAGUAACAUCUUGGGUAUUAUGAUUUUUUGUUUGUGUCCUCUUAAGAUCCAAUAUUACAGCCAAAUUCUGUUUUCUAGAUAUGAUUCUAAUUUAUAUUGAUGGGUGGAAGUUUUGUGCCAGUGAGGGUUUUACUAAGUGACUUAAAAUGAGAGGUGGGGUUUUGUUUCUGAGGCAGAAUUUAACCUACAAAUUUAUUUGAAUGUAGCCUCAAUAGUAAUGUAAAAUACCAGAAAUGUCUCAAAUAAAAAAACCCGCAACAUA